AGGGAGCUCUACGCACAGUGCUUCGAUGAACUGAUCCGUGAGGUCACAGUUACCUGUGCAGAGCGAGGGCUGCUGCUGCUGCGCGUCAGGGACGAGCUGCUCAUGACGGUCGCCGCCUACCGCGCCCUGUACGAGAGCGGCGCCGCCUUCGGGGCGCGCAAGGCGCUGCAGGCUGAGGAGGGCAAAUCCGACAUGGAAAAAAGAAUUGCAGAGCUAGAGGAGAAAAACCGUGAGCUGGAAAGACAAGUGAGUGAAGAGAAAGCUAAAUGUGAAGCCGUUGAAAAACGUGCAAAUGAAAAGCGACAGAUAGAAGAAAAGCAACACACUGAAGACAUUCAGCUCCUCAAAAAAAUGAAUGAGCAGCUGAAGGCACAACUUGAAAGCAUCAUUGCACCAAAUAAGUAA